GUUUCCCGGAGCUCUGAUUCGUUGCCACCAGGAGCAAGGGUUCCUUUCGGCCGGCUGCGGGCGCCCUGAGGGCUCCGUGAGGGCGGCGGGCCCGCCCCGCUCCCGCCCUGCCCCGCGCGCGCAGCCGUUCGAACGGGGCCAUGGCGGGCCGGGAGCUGCUGCCCGAGGUGUGGCGCCUCUACUUCGACUCCGUCCGCGCCGCCACCUUCCACAACUGGCCCUUCACCGAGGGCUGCGCCUGCACGCCCGAGCGGAUGGCGGCGGCGGGCUUCGUGCACAGACCCAGCGAGAACAGCCCCGACGUGGCGCAGUGCUUCUACUGCCUCAAGGAGCUGGAGGGCUGGGAGCCCGACGACGACCCCCUGGAGGAGCACAAAAAACACACUGCGGCCUGUGGUUUUCUUUCUCUUCAGAAAGAACCACCUAACCUGACGGUGCAGGAGUUCCUGAAGCUGGAAAAAAUGAGAACGAGAAAGGCACUUAAAAAAGAGGUUUCUCAGAAGAUGACCAAGGUUGAAGAUAAAGCCAAGAUCCAGCGCUGUAGUAUAAAGAAUCUGGCCUAGACUGCUGCAGCUUCAUAGGUGCCAGUGACACAUGUCUUGUCCACAUGCUGUGGCACUGCCCCUGUGACUGAAUGGCCGUGUUUCCUGAGGCUGCUUCCAGACUGGCUGUCCCUGAGAAGCAUAAGGACACUCCUCCCAGUCUGUCUGGGAAGUACCUGGAGUUUGAUGCAUUGCAUACAAAAUCUUUUUCUGCAAGGAUUCUCCGCAUUUUCUUGCUGGUUUUUAAAGGAUUAUUAUUUGUGGGUUUACUUGUGGUUUUUUUUUUGUUGUUUUUUUUUUUUUUUUUUUUUUUGUAAAUCUACCUGUCUAGAGAUAUUGCUGUCUCAUAGAGAUAUUGGUAGCUCUGGUUCUGAAACUUGUGUUUCUGAUAGGAGUUGACAUGCAUUUCCAUGUUUGUACUGAAUAUACCGAUGCUUUUAGAUACUCUGGAACAUAGAAAGGAGAAGGAGGUUUAAAAAUAGUUCAGGGAUUUAGGAUUGUGGCUAAUAACGUUAAGUUAUACCACACCUUAGUGUGCCUGGUAUUCUUGUAAACUUCUCUUUGUAGUUGGCUGCUGCCUCGUGUUGAUGCAUUUAUAAAUAAAAGUUGAAGGCAGAACAA